AUGCCGGUUCGAGAGGAAAUGGUGACCAGGGACAUUGUUGGAGCACUUGACCCGGCCCUUCCCUGCACGCGCCCUCUAUUCACUUCGUCAUCUCAUCUUGUUGUAACCACCAUCACCAUGGUGGUUGUUUAUAGGCGCAACCGUUUCCGCAAUCGUCAACGAAUAUAUGCGGUGCCACCAUCAUCACACAUCAGGAAUGUGACUUCAGAAUUAUCAAACGCCACAGUGGUUGUUUAUAGGCGCACUCGUUUCCGCAAUUGUGGACGAAUAUUUGCGGCGCCACCAUCACUGCACAUCAUGAAUGCGUCUUCAGAAUCAA